UGGUUUAUCACUUGGCAGGUGUAAGCUGUUAAGCUAAUUUUUGCGAAGGCAUUGAAUAGUGUUUACUGUUAAGAGCUGAUUUGUCUUAGUUUCUCCCAUGUAUAGUUUUCUACGUCUGUGAUCCUCCAUUUUUGCUGCGGUUUCUACUUUUUGCAAAAGGUGGCUCUUAUUUUCUGGGAGAAUCCCUCUGGACUUUUGUGAGGAUGAGUUUAAUAAAGCAAAACAGAGUAGAGGAUUCAGUGACGGAGGGUGAACAGUCAAGCAAUGUUGAAGGCGAAAGACGUGGGGUUGUUUAUACUGACUGUCGGGAAAAUGAAGAAGGCUAUAACUGCUGUGGAUGGUUCCUGAUCAUAAUUUCCUUCUUUUUUAUGUUAAUUACCUUCCCUAUAUCCGUUUGGCUUUGCAUCAAGAUUGUGAAAGAAUAUGAGCGUGCUGUUAUCUUCAGGUUGGGCCGCAUAAAGUCUGGAAGAGCAAAGGGACCAGGUUUGUUCUUUGUGCUGCCAUGCACAGACAGUUUUGUGAAAGUUGAUUUAAGAACCAUUUCCUUUGACAUCCCACCUCAGGAGGUCUUAACAAAAGAUUCGGUGACUGUUAGUGUCGACGGGGUUGUCUACUUUAAAAUCAGCAAUGCCAUCAGUUCAGUGGCAAAAAUUACCAACGCCCACUCUGCUACACGGCUGCUAGCACAGACUAUGUUGAGGAACGUUCUGGGCACUAAGAACCUAUCCGAGAUCCUGUCCGACCGAGAAGAGAUUGCACAUCAUAUGCAGACAACCCUAGAUGAAGCGACUGAUGAAUGGGGUAUCAGAGUCGAGCGGGUGGAAAUUAAGGACGUGAAACUUCCUGUACAAAUGCAGAGAGCUAUGGCUGCCGAGGCUGAAGCAACACGAGAAGCGAAAGCUAAGGUCAUCGCUGCAGAAGGAGAAAUGAAUGCAUCCCGAGCCCUGAAAGAGGCCUCACUUGUUAUUACAGAGUCUCCAGCUGCUCUUCAGCUCCGUUAUCUCCAGACCUUGACCACCAUCGCAACAGAGAAGAAUUCCACUAUUAUAUUCCCCCUGCCAAUAGAUUUAUUGCAAGGCCUAAUGCAUGGAGGAAAAUGAGGGCACAGAAAACAUUUGCACUAUUUACCACUAGUGAACUUUUAAGUGCCAGGUUCCUGCCAUGACUAUUAAUAAAGAUGGCCUAUACAGUGUUGUGCAUAAUCCAUAACUUCAUUGUGCAGAUGUAAUCAAGUGUAUAAGUGUGCGGCAGUCUUCUUAACUUUCAGAAUGGUAGUUCUAAAUCUGAACUUGGGACUUGUAGGAUCUGUGGAUUUCUCUUAUCACAAGUGCCAGGUACUGCUUUCUAGUUCAUGAAUGUCCUGUUUUUCAAAAAAAAAAAAAAAAAAAAAAAAAGACCCAGAGAAUAGGACAGACAGAUGGUAUGGAAUUAUGCCAAAUUUUCUUUACGUAUAUAUUAAAACUUUAGCCAUUUAAUACUGACCAGUGUAUGCAUUGAUUGAUAUUGGAAUCACUGUGAUGGUUUCCAUUUACCUGGUUAAUAACUUUUUAUUUAAAUCAAUUCAUGAAUAUGCUCUGCAUGCUGUUUAAAUUAAAGUUUGUCAGUUACAUUUGCAGAAAAAAAUCUGGUCUUUGCAAGUUAACUCAAAAUGCGAAGGUUAGGUACUGACAAAGAAUUUUCUUUGCAAAGGUAGUGGUGAGCAGGCCAGCCCAAGUGGAUCUUCUUGUCAGGUGAAACUGUUUUUUGGUAAAUGUUAAGCAGGUCUUGGGUAUUCGUAUGUGGGCUUCGCCCUUCUUUCAUUCUUUGUCACUGCACCAUUGACUUUGUUUACAGUAGUACUUUAGUGUAAAGCUUUAUUGCUUUUGUGCCUUUUCUAGAGUUCUGCUUUCUUGUGCUUAUUGUUUUAUUUUGUAUCAACAUCUUCCUGUUUCCCUUGAUUUUAUAUCACACAGAAUGCCUUCAAAUAAACGCAAUUUAUUUAAAGAG